AUGGCUGAAUCAAAUACCACUGUCAAUGCUUUCAGAAAGAAACAAGCUCAACGCCCAAACAGACCAACAUGGUCAAAUCAACGGCAGACAUCUGCACGCAGUAGUUCUACACAGCAGCAAAAGCCCAGAAAACCUUGUGGAAAUUGUGGAACUUUUCACAAGAGGCGCGAAUGCCCAGCCUACGGCAAGACUUGCCACAAAUGUAACAAAAAGAAUCACUAUGCUGAUUACUGCAGAAGCAGCCGCCACGUCUACACAGUAAACCCCGAUUCAUACUCGGAGGAAGACGAACCUGCCGUGGAUGAGCAAGAAUUAUUUUACGUUCGAGCCGUGGACAACACCAACUUGCACUUGAAACAUGACAUCCACGCUACGCUUGUGGUGAAUAACACACACGUUCCUGUCCAACUUGACACUGGUGCACGUUGUAACGUCCUGCCCAUGCAUGUUUACAAUGUCAUCGCACCACCUAAGUCCAUCGAUAAUUCAAAGUCAACCAAGCUCAUCGCUUAUGGAGGAACCGAGCUCCACACAGUUGGACUAGCUACACUGCCAUGUCGCAUUGACUCAUCGCAGACUGACCAUAAUAUUGACUUUCACAUUGUUGACACACAAGUGAAAGCUAUCCUCGGCUUAACCGAUUGCCUCCGUCUAGGCCUGCUGUCUGUCAAUAACUUAGUUUACCAUGUCUCCAAUGACACCACAUCGCCUCAAGUCUUCAAAGACUACGAAGACCUGUUUGACAGCUCGCUCGGGUCACUACCAGUCAUCUACACCAUGACCAUAGACCCCAAUGCUACGCCGGUUGUCCGACCCCCACGUCGCAUCCCUGCUGCAAUGCAAGACAAGGACAAGUCCGAACUGCAGCGGAUGACUACCCUAGGCGUGAUCACUCCAGUCUCCGAACCGACAGACUGGGUUUCCUCCAUGGUCGCGACUCAUAAGAAAAACAGCGAAGAAAUCCGCUUAUGCAUCGACCCUCGUGACCUUAACGAAGCACUGAAACGCCCACACCACCCUACCCGAACAGUAGAGGAAGUCGCUGCCAAGAUGGAUGGUGCGACAGUUUUCUCAGUGCUUGAUGCUAAAUGCUCGUUCUGGCAGAUCCCCUUGGAUUACGAAUCAUCACUGCUGACUACAUUCAGCACGCCAUAUGGCAGAUACCGCUAUCUUCGCAUGCCCUACGGCCUCUGUUCUGCCUCCGAUGUGUACCAGAGAACCAUGGAGCAGAUAUUCGCCGAUCUGCCAUGCUCCAUCAUCGUAGAUGACAUACUAGUUGGUGGACGCACUAAAGAGGAACAUGAUCGAAACCUCAAAACUGUCCUUGAUCGGAUACGCAAAAUCAACAUGCGCCUCAACCCCACAAAGUGCCGCUUCGGUCUUGAACAAGUCUCAUAUGUCGGUCACGUCUUCACCGCCAGUGGUCUUAAGCCUGACCCAGCCAAAGUCAGUGCUAUCACCGACAUGCCUCCACCCAACGACGUUACUGCCCUACAACGCUUUCUUGGCAUGGUGACAUACCUGGCCAAGUUUGUACCCAACUUGAGCGACUUAACAGCCCCACUACGCGAGCUCACACAUAGUGACAUCCAUUGGUGCUGGCUAGAGCAACACAAUGCCGCAUUUCUAGCAAUCAAGGACAAGAUUGCUAAUGCGCCGACACUCACGUACUUUGAUGUCCGCAAGCCAGUCACGUUGACCUGCGAUGCCUCCAAGUUUGGCCUUGGCACAGCCUGCCUACAAGAGGGUGCCCCUGUCGCGUAUGCUUCACGUACCAUGAGUGACACUGAACAACGCUACGCACAGAUUGAAAAAGAACUGCUUGCAGUUGUGUUUGCCUGCACCAAGUUCCACGACUACAUAUACGGUAAAGACAUCGUAGUCGAAACUGACCACCAACCAUUGGUCACCAUCGUCAAAAAGCCUCUGCUGAGUGCCCCUGCGCGGCUCCAACGCAUGCUUCUCCGGUUACAGAGGUAUAACAUCACCCUUGUGUACAAGAAAGGAAAAGAAUUGUUCCUUGCCGACACUUUGUCACGUGCACCCUUGACAACGACCGGUACUGAAACUGAUGACCUGCAAGUCAUGACUCUCCUGUCAAUCUCUGACAUGCGACUUGAACAGCUCAAGAAAGCAACUGCCUGUGACUCUGCCAUGCAACAGCUCACUGAUGUCAUCAGUCGCGGAUGGCCUUCGCAUAUCAACAAUGCCCCACCAAAGGCCCACCCCUACUUCGCGUUCAGAGAUGAACUGGUUCUCGACCGCGGUAUCAUCUUAAAGGGACAUAAGGCCAUCAUUCCCAAGUCACUACGCGCAGAAUACAUCCAAAUACUGCAUGAAGGUCACCCAGGCAUCGAGGCUACCAAACGCAGAGCCAGAGAUGUAGUCUACUGGCCAUCAAUGUGCCUUGAUAUCGAGCAGUCCGUCUCUGGAUGCACAGUUUGCAACGCUACCAAAGCCCAUCAACAGAAAGAACCACUGAAAAGCUACCCCCCACCCAGCCUACCAUGGGAACACAUUGGAGUUGACCUUUUCCAUUGGAACGGUAUGGAUUACCUAGCCCUUGGUGACUCAUACUCCGGCUGGUUUGACUUCGCUUCACUCGACAACACCUGUGCCUCUACAGUCAUUGAGUCAUGGGGCUUCCAGCAUACAACCAGCAGUCCCCAUUUUCCCCAGUCCAAUGGCCUUGCAGAAAGCUCUGUCAAGCGCGCCAAACAACUCCUCGAGAAGACAAAACGCGACGGUUCAGACCUCUACCGAAACCUGCUGAACAUUCGCAAUGUCCCAACCAACCCCCAGCUUGGCUCACCUUCCCAACGUCUCAUGUCACGGCGUCUUCGCACAACCAUCCCUACCCCGACGCCACUCCUUAAACCCGCCAUUUACACACGCGUCACAGCACAGUUACGCAAGAGGCAACAGCAACAGAAGUCUUCAUACGACAAAUCUGACAAGCCCCUCCGACCACUGACACCAGGGCAAGUUGUCCGUCUACAAUCACCCAAAGGGCACGAUCAGCUUGGAAUUGUCCGAAAGCAUUCCAGAAACCCCAGAUCGUACAUCGUCAAUGCCCAAGGUACACUCUACCGCCGCAAUCGGAGACACUUAUUGCCAGUCCCUGAACCACCUCCACAGCAACAACACUCACCUGACUUCUACUUACCGCCACAGGAUCCACUGCCUCAGCCUGCCAUCCCCCACGCACCUCCACCACAGCCAGUUCUCACUCGUUCCGGUCGCAUCUCGAAGCCAAAUCCUAAAUACACUUAA